GUGUGUGUGUGUGUGUCUGUGUCACCAGCUGGAAUUCUCGGAUCGAAGGAGAAGAAGAAUUCACGUAAUAUCUGGCUCGGCAAAAAUGGAUUUUACAACUCUUAUGAAUAUUGCUUAUAAAAAUCAGCAAAACGCUGAGAAAAAGCUUCCAAUUUCAAAGAAGUAUAGUACACAGUGCUCAGCUCCAAAGAAGCUACCCAAACCCAAGGUAGAAUCUGAUGUUGUAAAGCGGUUAAAGGAGGAGAAAGAGAAAGACUUGAUUAAUGAUCGCAUUACAAACAGAAUCAAAGAACAGAAACGGUCCGCCGACAUGAAGGAAUUGAAAAAACACGACAGAGAAAGAGAUCGGCUAAAGAAAGAACAGUCGAAAGAAAAGAUCCGUUUAGAGAAACAGUCUGACAAGAGUUCCAAACUGAAGACUGUUGAUGAGAAGCUUCUGUCACCAAAGAUGAAGGAAAAACUAAAAGAGGAACAGUUGAAGGAUAAAUUGAAAAGAAUCAAACUUCAAGAAAAAGAAGCUGAAUCCAAGAAAGAAACAUUCAAAAUACCAAAGGGAACAGGAAAUUCUAACAGUGAAAAGGGACCAAAAACCUCUCUAAGUAAUAAUAAUAAUAAUAGCUCAAAAGAUUUAAAACCAAAUAAGCCAACAGCAUCAACAGUUCUUAGUGGGUCCAAAUCUGCUUCUGAUCCAAGUGCCAGUCGUCCUACCAUUUCUAGCAAAACGAAAAAGCCAUUUAAUUCUAGCGCUGGGGCAGCUCCGCUGAAAUUUGAUGAGUUAAUGAAAUUAGCUCUAGAAAAAGCUGCUGACCCAAAGCAAAUUCUCAAUUCCAAUCGUCCCGCUGACCGUCCCAUGACACAAGAUGAAAAAGACAGAUUACAGAGACUGUCUGCAAAGGAAUACAAACAUACCAAAAGCUCUGACUCUUCUAAUUCCCGUAACAAUAAUUCUUUAAAAAAAUCAACACCUGAAAUUAAAUUAAAAAAGAAAGAAAUCUCAGAAAAACCAAAUAAAUCUCAACGGACUACAAAUAUAACUUCUGAAAACAAAAGGACUAGUGAUUCUGUAAUAAACCAGAAUAAAAAUGUACAAAAGAGCAAAGAAACAGGGACAGAUUUUAGCAGUAAGUACAAAGAUCUUGAGAGCAAAUUGAAGGCUCUGCAAGAAGAAAUGAAACAGAUGAAGAAUGAGAAGAAGAAACAGACCAAUCCACCAAGCAAGCCUCAAACUGCCAAACACAAACCAAGCCCUGAAAACCAUGGUAACGCUAACAAAUACGCAGCUGAGAAUAAUAACCUUCUCAUCUGUCGUCCGGCGGCAAAACCGGAAGAAAAACCAAUGUCCACUUGGGACAAAAUAUACAGUGGAAUUCAAAAACAAGAUCCUAUUAAGAAACCAGUAAAACGACGGAGAGUAAUCGAAAGUGAUGAAGAGGAGGAGGAUGACAUGGAUGGUUUUAUUGAUGAUGAACCAAUUGAUGAUGACUGCCAAAGUGUAUCCAAAUAUAUUCGAAGUAUCUUUGGCUAUGAUCGACGAAAAUUCAAAGACGAAGAUAUGUCAGAUAUCGACAAGAUGGAAACGACAUUUUCACAACAGAUGAAAGAAGAGAUUAGAAGUGCCAAAAUCGGAAGGAUGGAAGAUCUUGAGGACAUCAAGCGGGAACAGGAGGAGUUGAUGAUGCUUAAGAAACGCAAGGGCAAACCGAAAGGGGUGCGGUGACAGCAGUGAACCAUAUUCCUGGCUUACAUCGUCUACGAGAACUUUUGACAUCAUCUAAAGCAACGUUUAAUGAUUAAAAGGAAAACAAAUGAAAUUACUUCCGACGACCAGCUGAACCCUUUUCCUCAAACUCUUCUGGCAUAGCUCUCCGCUUUAGUUUGACAUUAUAUCCUGGAUUAUCUGAGUGAAGGGCAUUAUUGGAGCCAGUCUCAGAGAUAAGCCACUUCCAGAAGAUUUAUUUAUUGAACUAUUUCAGUCACUGUUUACAUCGCAGCUGCUGAAAAAGGGUGGGGUUGGAUAGGUACGCUCUUUAUUGGAUAGACUCUAUUCUUCUGUUAUUUAUUAUCAUGUUGCUAUUGGACCGGUUUAAAUUUAAAUAGCAACACCAUUCCCAACGUAUCAGAUGUUGAAAACGUUAUUGUUGUUGUGCUCUUUCAAAGCAAAAUAGUCCUUCCUUCAUUUCAACUCCCAAAAAAGCUUUAUUCCUUGUCUUUUAUGUUUUUUGUCCCCCAGUUUAGUCCUUCUUGGAGCAAUACUUCCUUUGCUGGCCUCAUAUGUCUUACGAAAAAAUGAUACUCCAACAGUUACCAUUCUCUCUACUUGUUUGUCCUUCUUUCCAUGUUCUCAGGCUCUUUUCUUUAGAAUUGUCUCACUUCUCAUCUCAUUCAGACAUUACACAACAACAACUAUCUUGUUUUUAAUCGCCAUAGUUUUUCUGUCUAAAUCUCAGGCCAUGGGAUUGCCACAAGCUUAGAAUAAAUGAGGUCUUCUAUUUAUUUAAUA